UGCGAGCUGAGCCUUCAAUUUAUAAUCCUAGUCGGCCAUAUAUGUCCAUUCUCCUUGUAAUUUCUUCUUUUACUAAUCGAUCUCUUUCUCUAUCUCUACGUUUUCCCAUAUAGAUGUGAUCUGGUGUUGGAUGAACUUGCACGCACGCUAGAUGGAUUGGGAUUUACAAGCUAUUGUGGGAUGCACCAAAGCCCCUGCAGCCACCGUGAUGGACAACUCGCAUCUCAUGUUUUUUCAACAUUUAUGUCCUGAAGAACAAGAUGACCUACUUUUCAAUUUUCAGGAAUUCUCGGAAACCACAACGGUGGUUGAUGAGUUAGAAGAGCUUUACAAACCUUUCUACCCUCCUCAUGUUCAUGUUGAUAAUAACAACCCUCUUCCCAUCGUUGCAAAUUCCCUACCUAUCCCCGAUGAAGAAGUCAAAGAACUCAAACCAUCACACAAAGCAGCAUCUAGAUGUAAAAAAAGCAAGAAGCAGCAGAAGAAUAAGAGGGUGGUGACAGCAGCAGAUGGUGUUUCGGACCCAUGGGCAUGGCGUAAAUAUGGGCAGAAACCAAUAAAGGGGUCAGCUUAUCCUCGUAGCUAUUAUAGAUGCAGCAGCUCCAAAGGGUGUUUGGCUAGGAAACACGUGGAACGGAGCCAGUUGGAUCCUGGAGUUUUGAUAGUUACCUACACAGCAGAACACAGCGAUCCUCACCCUACAUGCAAAAACUCACAACAAAGGAACAACAGUUCCACAACCACAAUUGCACCUGCAACUCCAAGAACUCAUGAUGGCGGAGGCUAUCGAAGAUGAGCAUGAACAAAUUAAGGAGCUUAAGAAAGAGGAAGAUUUUGUAGAAGCUGAUGGUUGGUUUCCAAGCAUCGAAGUUGAGGAACUAAAAGGACUUGCAUUAGAUGACCGUGGCUUCCUGGAUAGUACUUGGUUCGUCUCAACUCAUGCAACGUAGUAACAUAUAUGUCAUAAAUUUAGGCUUGCCAUUUUUCUUUUUCUAUUUCAAUAUAUGGCACAGACAUUAAUGGAGAUCCUCGAUCUGAUCCCUCCCCCAAAG